UCUCCUCCUUGGGUGAAGGUUCAUUGCGGUGACAGUGUUACGUCUCCUACAGCAUAGUUAAACGUUUUAUCCACAAUGUCUGGUCGUGUUCUCGUUGGAGUUAAGCGUGUCAUUGACUACGCAGUCAAGAUUCGUGUGAAGCCUGACAACAGUGGCGUGGUGACGGAUGGUGUUAAGCACUCAAUGAACCCCUUCUGUGAGAUCGCUGUAGAGGAGGCGGUCAAACUGAAGGAGAAGAAGCUUAUAAAGGAGGUUGUGGCUGUCAGCUGCGGGCCACAGCAAGCACAGGAGACCAUCCGCACCGCCCUUGCCAUGGGGGCAGACCGUGGCAUUCAUGUGGAAGUUACUGGGAAAGACUAUGACACCUUGGGACCCCUCCAGGUCUCCAAGAUCAUGGCUGCUUUGGCUAAGAAGGAGGACGCACAACUCAUCAUCCUUGGCAAACAGGCCAUCGAUGAUGACUGCAAUCAGACUGGUCAGAUGACAGCAGCCUUACUGGACUGGCCUCAGGGCACUUUUGCAUCAGAGGUGUCAAUGGAUGGAGACAAACUUAAAGUGGUGAGAGAAAUUGACGGUGGCCUGGAAACUAUUAAGAUCAACACACCGGCAGUGGUGACUGCAGACCUUCGACUCAACACCCCCAGAUAUGCCACUCUGCCUAAUAUCAUGAAAGCCAAGAAGAAGAAGAUUGCUAACGUGAAGCCUGCAGAUUUAGGAGUGGAACUCACAUCACGGUUGGAGGUGUUGAGAGUGGACGAGCCCCCGCAGAGGCAGGCUGGGAUGAAGGUGGAGACGGUGGACGACCUGGUGGGCAAGCUGAAGGAGGCAGGGCGGAUAUAGAGACACUAGGAGUGUAAGCAGGGGAGCACCGAGCCGACCAGAAGGGACUCUUCAAAGAACAACUGGACUGCAUUACAUAAGCUUACCCAGAGGACUAGCUCAUGUAUCGGCCUAAUCCCUUUGUUGAAGACUGUGACUCCUGAGGAUAUGCAGGGAGGUAGUUACAGGAGAGGAGGAAUACUGAGAAACACUGUCCUGCAGCAGACCCAGACAACUCCAAAAGGAUCUUCUUGUCUUUUAUGUGCAUCCUAAUUUACAUGGAUGAUUCCUCUAUCAUAAGCUAUUCUGAUAACUUUAGACAAGUAGCCUUUAUGCAAUAAAUUAAACCCAGAAACUUCACUCAUGCUGCUGUUUGUAUUGCACUGUACACUGUACAGUACACUUGACUCAGCUGUUUAAUUUUGUACAUCUGUUGUCUCACAUGUUAAGAGGGGCAGUUUUUGUAAAUGAUAUAUGUAGAUAUGGACCCAAACCUGUUGAGAUGAUUAUAUCCGCCAAGAUUAGCAUCAUGUCUACUGGUAGUCUGUAUAGUUUGUAAUGUAAAGUCUCACUGGGUUUCAGUGCUCUGCCUAGACGGUGUCUCUCAGUAUGAGCAAGGGAGGAUAACCAUAAAUCUGAAUUUUACCAUAAGCGCCUCAGUUCUCAGUGGAUUGUACAGAACAUAACCAUGACAAUAAAGAAGCCAGUCUUUUUCAUAUCUAAACAUGGUA